AAAACCCAGUGCUGUGUCUGUUUCUCCACCGCUUCAUCCAGGGUUGGAAAGUCCAUUUCAUUUUCCAACUCAAACUGCACCUACAUCUCUUAGGAUCAGCGUGACACCACCAAACCCCGAACCAACUUCACAUGGCAGUGCCAGAAAUAAAACAAAGCAAGGAGAUACUAAUUCUCAGAAGCCUUUUGGCAAAAGAAUGGAUUUACCUGCUUCCACUCGACCAUCCGAGACCAAGCCAACCCACCACACCGCAGCUGCUUUCACUGCAAGCGUUUCCUUCAAACGCCUACCUUCAUCAGAAAAAGCAAUUGACCACAGUAGCUCCAAAGAAACAUGAGCCAAAAGUGACCAGUGUGCAGGAUGCCAAACCCACCUCACUUAUUCCAGUGACUCCAGCUGCAACGGAUGGCUUCCAAACAUUUGACCUGGAACCGACCCAGUUCUCGCUUCUGGCUGGACCCCCUGGACUAAAGGGAGAACCAGGACUGCCGGGCCUUCAAGGACUUCCAGGGUUGCCAGGAAAGUCAGGGAAGAGGGGCCCAAGGGGUCCUUCUGGCCCACAUGGAAACCCUGGUCUUCCCGGACCUCCUGGAGUGAAGGGACAAAAAGGAGAUUAUGGACUGUCACCUGGUCAAGCCCCAAAAGGACUAAAAGGAGAGCGUGGCGUCAUGGGCCCCCCUGGACUGCAUGGCCAAGAUGGACGAAAGGGACAAAAAGGUCAUCCUGGUCCUGCUGGUCUCCCAGGUGAACCUGGUGAACGGGGAGAUGAUGGAAGCCCUGGGGCCAAAGGCUAUCCUGGCAGGCAGGGUUUGCCCGGGCCUGUAGGGAAAAUGGGGCCGAAAGGAGUCAGGGGUCACAUUGGCAUCCCUGGGCUUUUUGGCUUUCCUGGUCUUGAUGGCGAGAGAGGAAUUCCUGGCGUUCAUGGGAAGAAGGGCAAGAUGGGUAGGCCGGGGUUUCCUGGUGACUUUGGAGAGAGGGGACCUCCUGGCCCUGAUGGGAACCCAGGUGAACUGGGACCUCCCGGCCCAUGUGGAGUCGUCGGUCUUAUUGGAGACAUGGGCCCUUUUGGCAUUAUGGGCUUACCAGGACCACCAGGACUCAAGGGAGUACCUGGAAACCCAGGGGAACCAGGACUGAAAGGUGAUAAGGGGGAUGUUGGCUUACCAGGGGAGCCAGGCGAGUGUGGUUUCCAAGGGGACAAGGGUGUCCGUGGCUUACCUGGGUUGCAGGGUCCUUGUGGAAAACCUGGGCCACAGGGCAAACCUGGUGAAAAAGGCCCUGAUGGUUUACCUGGCCCACUUGGCCCAGAGGGUUUUCCAGGUGACAUUGGCCCACCGGGACACAAUAGCCCCGAAGGCCCCAAGGGAAAGCAGGGGACAAGAGGUUUGCCAGGUCCAAGAAGAACACCUGGACUUCAGGGUGAUGAGGGACCACUCGGGCUCGCUGGACAGGCUGGACUCGAGGGCAGGCCUGGGAGGCAGGGAUUCCCUGGACUGACAGGCCCAGAUGGACUCAAGGGCGAGACCGGGAUAACUGGCGAGGUUGGAAAGCUUGGCGAGAGGGGAUUGGCUGGUUUUGUCGGGUCUCUUGGAGAGACUGGCAUCGCAGGAGAAAAGGGGGAUCGAGGCAAAACAGGCGCCCCCGGGCCUCCAGGUGAAACGGGGCCGAUGGGUCACACUGGUAUACCUGGACAGUCGGGGACACCUGGACUGCAAGGGAUCCCAGGGCCUCUUGGUUCACGGGGAUCCAUCGGCAUCAGAGGACCCAAAGGCAGGAGGGGUCCGAGGGGUCCUGAUGGCCUAGUCGGGGAGAAAGGGUCUGCUGGAGUGAAGGGCCCUGAUGGUCCACUAGGAAAAUUGGGCCUCCCCGGGGAGAUGGGAAAGCUUGGCGAGCCAGGUGAAGCUGGGCCCAGGGGAUUUCCAGGUGUUCAAGGACCCUCGGGACCUCCAGGGGCCAAAGGAAUUGCAGGAGAGACAGGACCAGCCGGGCCACCGGGAACCAUUGGGUCACUGGGGGAAAUGGGACCGAGGGGGCUGCCGGGGAAGGCUGGAGAGAGAGGACUGCCUGCUGAACCCGGAGAGAAGGGUGCGGUCGGUCUGCCUGGCAACAUCGGGGAGCAGGGUUUGAUCGGCCAGAGAGGUGAGCAAGGCAUUGAUGGGGAGGCUGGACCAAGUGGACCCGAUGGAGCCAAGGGUGACAAAGGAGAUGCUGGUCAGGAAGGCGCUGAAGGAGACGGCGGAGAAAUCGGUCUGAAAGGAAAGGAAGGACCCUCUGGGCCUCCCGGAUUGGUCGGUGUCAGGGGUCAGGAGGGUAAACCUGGCAACAUUGGUGAAAGAGGAAAGCCAGGAGAAAAGGGGAGCAAGGGUCACCAAGGUUACCUGGGUGAGAGCGGGCCAACCGGUGAGCAGGGAGAGAUGGGGUGUGUCGGACAGAAGGGAGCGAGAGGCACCAUCGGGCCAGUGGGUGCUCCGGGGAGAAUGGGCCAACAAGGAGAUCCAGGCAUAUCAGGCUACGAGGGUCACAUGGGACCGCAGGGACCCUUAGGACCUCCUGGGCCAAAUGGUGAAAAGGGUGAACAGGGAGACGACAGCAAGGUGGAAGGUCCCCCAGGUCCCCAAGGUGACAGAGGUCCUGGUGGAAACAGAGGAGGGAGAGGUGAGCCAGGGGACCCCGGACACAUUGGUCAAAUAGGUGUUGAUGGAAAGAGAGGUGCAGCUGGUGCCACAGGGCUUCCUGGACAUCUUGGACCAAAGGGACAACCAGGGCUGAAAGGAUCCAAAGGUGACCAAGGUCAGAAAGGAAAAUCAGGGGCGAGAGGCUCGUCUGGAACCAAAGGACCACCAGGUCCAGAGGGUCUUCUUGGCCCACGGGGAGUUGAGGGCAGGGAGGGACUUGAGGGCCAGCCUGGCAUGGAUGGACUGUCUGGUAAAGAUGGAACUAAAGGAGUCAAGGGGGAGCAAGGAGAAGACGGAGAAAUAGGCUUACAUGGCAAACCUGGGCAUCAGGGUACAACUGGCGUGACGGGGCUCCCCGGAAGUCAAGGGUCCUUUGGACCCAAGGGUGAGAGGGGUCUUCCAGGCCAAACUGGUGCAUCAGGAAAAAAAGGCUCCAUUGGCGGGAUGGGAUUGCCAGGAAAACAAGGAGACCAGGGACCUAAAGGGCAACCAGGGGAUACUGGUGAACAAGGAUUUCCGGGGGUGUUGGGUCUUUUCGGACCAAAGGGACCCAUGGGAGACAUUGGUCCUGCGGGGAUACAGGGACCAAAAGGACCACGUGGUUUGUCGGGUAAGGAGGGAGCUCUGGGCCCCGUUGGCAUCAUUGGCCCCAGCGGUCAUCCUGGACCCAAGGGUGACAAAGGAAGUCGGGGGGAGACGGGGCUGCAAGGACCAAGGGGAUUUCGCGGCCCUCGUGGACCACCCGGACCACCAGGUCUUCCUAGUUCUGCCUUCUCACUUAGAAAUGAGGCUCUCGGUGCCGCCUUUCAAGUCAUCAUCGAUUCCCAUGCUGUACUGAGGCCAGAGCAGACCUAUCAGAGCAUGGACCUGCCCAUGUUAGACCAGGGCAAUGAGAUCUUCAAGACCCUGCAGCAUCUCAGCACUCUCAUCCAGAGUCUCAAGAACCCGCUGGGAACCCGUGACAACCCCGCACGAAUCUGCCGCGACCUCUACAGCUGUGAACAGAGGAUGCACGAUGGCACUUACUGGAUCGACCCAAACCUCGGCUGCGCUGCGGACACUAUAGAAGUGAUGUGCAGCUUCACUGGUGGAGGACAGACCUGCCUGAAACCGAUCACAGUUUCCAAGUUGGAGAUAGGAGUGGGUCGUAUCCAGAUGAACUUCAUCCACCUUUUGAGCACCGAGGCCAUGCAGCACAUCACCAUACACUGCCUGAACACAGCUGUGUGGGCAGCAGGACCCUCCCUGCAACCUUCAUCCAGGGCUGUGAGCUUCAGGGCUUGGACAGGGGAGAAGAUCGAGGCAGGCGACCUCCUGGAGGCUCAUACCCAGGAUGACUGCUGGAUCAAAGAUGGCCGCUGGCAUCAGACCCACUUCAUCUUCCAGAGCCAGGACCCAAACUUACUCCCCAUCGUGGACGUGUACAACCUGCCGACCGCAGAACCUGGCGCACGCUAUCACCUCGAGGUCGGACCCGUGUGCUUCUUAUAGGGCCCCGAGGAGGGGCCGGGAAUGCUCCUCAGAGGAGUGACUGCAUGGAGGAGGGAGGACGGGGGAGACUCAUGCUUCUGUGGUAUUCCAGAACAACAGACCCCCAUUUUCUCUCCCGCAAAAUAUGCUUGGACUGCAGAAACAGGAGGGGGUGCCAGAGAGAGAAGGCCCAUUGAAAAUGCAGAGAUGAGACUUCUAGCACUAAUCAGCCUAUGGAAAACAAUGAUAAGCUUUUUUUUUUUUUUUUUUUUUCAGAGACUUGUCUGUGUGAUACAAGACCUGAAGGCCUCUUUUUGGAAGGAAGUAAUAUGAACGUCUCUUUUGUGUAAUCUCUCAGGCCAUGUUGUAUCAUAUUUUCUUCACGGCCCGAUUUUGCAAAAACCUAAAAAACGUUCAAAAGAGAUCUGUACAGAAAUACGGAAGAGUUACAUCUGCAAAUGCAACAAUUCCUAUUUUAAUGUUUUAAGUAUUAUUUAUACAUGUAUAUGUACUGUAUAUUGUAAUAUAAAGUGCAAUAGUUAUUGUUCCACAGCCUUUAGGCAUAUAGAGUAUCAGCAUAUCACUCAUUCAGGUAUACAGUGUGCCUCAGACACACAGGCGCACUGUCUCCAGGUAAGUUUCUUUGAGCCUCUAAUAACUGUCAAGUGCUGAGAGAUCCUGCGUUUAUACAGAUAUCCUUACACAAACAACUGCUGUGUGCUACUUUCCAUGUUAAAAUGGAUCGAAGCUUUCCGCAGUGUGAGCCGAGACAAGUGUGUCGAGAUGCUACCUCGUACUGCGCCUCGCAGCAAACAAGACGUUACCUGAUAUAAUCUGGGACGACACAGAGGCCACACCUGCCACUGCAACAGUCGACACUCGGGUGAUAAACUCUUCAGCAAAGCUUCGUCUGUGCUUUACCAAAAAGGGAAGAUUGUAAAAUAUACACACAGGUCAAACUCAAUAAAUUAUAUUUUCAAGGUAGUAUUUUAACAUUUUCAAUAUUCUUUGUACUGUCUGACACUGAGUCUGACACUAUAAAUUCAGUUUUUGUAUCUGUCAAAAUGUCUAUAAUUAUGCCACCUUUAUUAUCUACAGUGGAUUCUAUUUAAAUUGUAUUUAAAUUCUGAUAAGCUUUCCAGUUCAAAACCAGGCAUCAACAUCGAAUUUCAGCAGUCAGUUGGAGCGUUAAGGAUUCUACAGUCUGUGUGCGUUUCUCAAGUUAAAAGCUCCGAGACGAUCAACUGCAUUUUAGGACAUUAACACACUAAUUAUUUUCUGUUUAUACAUUUAUCACUCAGAAGUGCAGCAAUGGUGGUUGUUCCCACCAAAACUCUAAACUCAGAGGAUUUCUUACAAUACACAACAACACAACACUACCACGGCUCAGUGUUUGGUCUGUACAGACAUUGUUAUGCUGCUUGAAUGGAGUCUAAUGACUCCACAGGCAAUUCAAUAAAAGUCUGAAACCUUU